GCAACUUUAAGGCCGGCAGACAAUCGGAGCCGUUGGUGGUUGCACUUGCACACCCGUGUAGGAAACUCCCCUGCAAGUCAGAAGGCGGCUCCACUCCGGUUGGCAUCCAUAUCGCUCCCAUCUGUGUUCUGCGUAAAACCAGUGUGCGCUGCUGCUGCUGCUUCCGCCGCCUCGUUCCAAGACCAAUUUCAGUCAUUACUUUGAACCCCGAGCCUUGCGUGUUGUGAAGCCCAGAGUAGAGUUUGGUCGCAGGACUUCCACAACUAUACAAGGCGCUUUUAUUGUAUGUUUCCUUCUGUUCAUCAAGAGGACCUCCACAGGAUUUUUUAGGAUGGAUCCAGCCAGCGACUCUAUCGCGGAAAGUAAGCCGGUGUGCCAGUGUGCUUCCAAGUCUUCGGUCCAGCGGUGGCUUCCAGGUUUCCCAAUCGCUCUGUGCAUGCUGAUGUCUCUGAGCUCCAUCGCCGUGUGUCUUCUGAUGAGCCUCAAGACCUACCAGCUGGAGAACCGCAUGCAGAUGGACAGCUUCAUCCCGCCGCGCGCGGCUUAUUGUCUAAACGAGGAUGGGACUCUGAUUCCAGAGCUGGGCACCUCGAUAGGGCGGCUCGUUGAAGAGAAAGUGGUGGUGCUGAUGCCGAAAUUGCGGACAACAAGGGAUGUCGGCCAGGAGUGCUCGUGUCCUCCAGGGCCUCCAGGAAAGCGUGGACGGAUGGGAAGAAGAGGGGAAACCGGACUGCCUGGCAAGGCUGGACGGGAUGGAUACCCGGGUCCUCUUGGCUUGGACGGGAAACCAGGUUUUCCAGGAAGCCAGGGGCCGGCCGGACUCAAGGGAGAAAAGGGUGACCAAGGGGACGUUGGGCCGAGGAUGGCCUUCCCCAGAUAUGACCACGGCUUUCUCUCUGGAGAGCAGUCCGGUAGUUUUCAGAGACGUUUUCUGAAGGGUGACCAAGGCCAGGCUGGACCCGCUGGUCCUCCUGGCCCUCCGGGUCCCCCAGGUCCCAGGGGCCCCCCCGGGAACACGGGCAAGGACGGACCACGUGGCCCUGCUGGCGAGCCGGGGUUUCCGGGUCGUGACGGCUUGGAUGGGCCGCAGGGAUUGCCUGGGAAGCCGGGAGAAGAUGGUGAGUCCGGCUUUCCAGGAUUACAGGGGCCCCCAGGAGCGAAGGGCGAGUCCGGCACGGGGGAGAAAGGAGAGAGAGGCAUGGAUGGACUCCCGGGAUUGAAGGGAGACAAAGGGGGACAAGGAGAGCAAGGACCACAGGGACCCUUGGGUUAUCCUGGUGAAAAAGGCGCAACAGGCUCCUCGGACAUCAUCGACUUCAAUGGGAAGCUUCUUGAUGCUUUCCAGGCCAUCACCACCAUCAGUGUUUCGGGUCCACCAGGACUGCCGGGACCACCAGGCCCUGCAGGGGAAAAGGGUGAGCUCGGUUUACCGGGGCCGGCGGGACUCGAUGGCGAGAAGGGACCAAAAGGUGACGUGGGUGAGACAGGGCCACCUGGCGUGAGAGCAGAGAAGGGAGAGAUGGGACUCUCUGGCCCCGCUGGUAUGGACGGACACAAAGGAGAGAAAGGCGACUGCAGAAUUGAAGACAACCUGGUUCAGAUGAUUUCGCAGCCCGGCCCACCGGGCCCACCAGGGGUUCCCGGGUCCCCUGGAUCUAUGGGGCUGCAUGGUGUGCCUGGUCCUAAGGGGGAGCCUGGAUUCGGCAUGAAGGGAGAGAAAGGGGACUACGGUGCUCCCGGAACCAGAGGAUUAGACGGCCCCCAGGGGACAACUGGGCCUGCAGGAUUAGUGGGUCUUCCAGGUGCGAAGGGAGAAAAAGGCAGACCAGGGGAGCCUGGACUAGACGGUUUCCCGGGACUGAUGGGAGGGAAAGGCGAACGAGGGGAAAGAGGAGAUAAGGGUGACCGGGGAUCAGUGGGAAAGAGGGGUCUAAAGGGCCAGAAAGGAGAGCAGGGUCCUCCAGGCCUGGACCAGCCCUGUCCUGUGGGUUGCAAUGAGAGAAACGAUGUGUCUAAUGAGACAGGCCUUUCUUCUCCUCCACCUCCUCUUCCUCCUUCCGGCCCUGAGGCCCCCUGUCCUGUGGGACAGGAUGGGAUGCCCAUACCAGGCUGCUGGCACAAGUGAUGACUAACCCGCAGCAUGGAAUCUGUACAUAUUGAUAUGAUAUAUAUUGCAGUUGAAUACUACGCCGACAACCCACCCCUUCUUUCAUAAAACAUUUGAUAUAAUAUAUUGACAUUUUUUAAGGACAUUUAAUUUUUUUCAGUCUACAGUAUUACAAAAAUCUUUUUUUAACUCCAGUGUUGUUGCGAAUGCUGCUGUGGUUUUUAAGAGAAGAACCUGAACUGGCGGUUGGACUCCUACUUUGAAGGACGGUCCAGAUGAAAGCGUGUUGGAGUGCCGUGACAGUCCGGCGGUCUCACUAACAAAGCCUGACUUGCUGUCUGAUUGUAAUCGUGAACGCUGUAUGGACAUAAUGGUGUGCGCACUCACCCGGUCUCACAGAUGCUUGGAUGGAUGCACCGAUCUCUUUGGGAGUUGAAUUUGGAGGAAUGUGGGUCAGGACUCUCCUGUUCUCUGUCUUUGUGUUUUUUCCAAAAGGAGGAAAUGGCGAGACAGAAGCUCAAACGCAAGCGUCUCUCUCAGCCGUGAAUGGAAGUGGCGCCCGGUGGAGAAGAGAAUCAUAAACGGGCAGUAACAGUAACAUACUGAAGACUCAGAUCCUCCAUGGGGGGGGGGAGGGAGGUUGGGAGGGAAGGGAGGGACGACCGUGACAAAGAAUCCUGCAUUUUACACUCAACUGAGAAGUGAAUACACACCUUUGGCUGAUGAUGUUGCACAAUGGCUUCAUAACCCGAUGGAGUUGUUUGGGAGUCCCUGACGUCACUGGCACGGAUGCUUAGGCGUAUCUGUGUGGGGAUCUCUUGUAUGGAUCUUUUUGUAAAGGUUUUUCACUUGUCAAAUGUAUGAUCAGUAUUGUUUAGCACCCUGACAGCUUAAUAACUUCCCCAAUGAAAGCUCAGACUGAAGUAAAGACAAUUUUUUUGCAGUUUGCAAUAAGAAGUUUUUAAUAGUCUUUCCAAGCCAGUUUUUCAGAAAAUUUGGUGAGUCUACCUUUUUAAGACUUUCACUUGUAGAAAUGGUUUUGUUUCACUCUUACCAGUUUUUGUCCAGUUACAUUUUGCAUUCCCGUGCAUUGCCUUUUUGUAGAAUACAUAGAUAAUACAACUUCAAGGCCCAGUUUGAAGGAACUAUUUACAGUAUUCGUAAUAAACCAGUGUUUUUCUUGCCGUGAAGAAUAAUUGCCAUUCUAUAAUGGAAUUUUUCUCUAUGAUUUUGUUGCGUUUCAACUGAUCAUUAUGCUUUAAUCACUGAGGAAGAAACAUUUGAUUAACUAUUGCCAGUUUGCUCUGAAAGGUUCUUGCUGCUGACUUAAAUGUGUGUUAUUUGUUUGAUAUUUUUGAAUCGAUACAAAUAUUUGAAUUGAAGGACAGAAGGAAGUAUGACAUUUAAAUCAUAUUUAUAUACAACUAUAGUUUUGGGGGGGGUUCUUUGUGUAGCACACGACAAUGGUUCUUUUGAAUUUUGGGUGUGCGUUUUUCAUAUCUUUACUUUCAGAUGACUUUUACUGGUGUGUUUUAGUCUUUCAACUAUAUCUUCCUCAGAUGAAUAAUUCCUUGGUGCUUAUAUACUUUUAUGUACCCAUUUUAAAGCUAUACUUUGCAUAUUCAUAUGCAAAAUCACACACAUGUCCAUCACAACACUUGUUUUAUUGUUUAAGCAAUGUGAACAUAAAGAAAACGUGGGUUUACCGAUGUACCUUUAUCAAAUAUUUGGCUACAUGUAUACAGGACAGAGAUAAUACUUUGACAAUUCUCGUUACAUUUCUUCAUGUAUAUUCUACAUAGAUAUAAGUUGAACGUUUUGAUACAAUAUGAAUAUCCUUCAGCAAUAUAUAUUCUGGUCGAUAGCCAGAAACGACCGACGAUCAACCAUUUAAACGUUGCUAAUUCCAAUUCUUGGCCUCAACUACAAACCGGUUAUUAUUUUUUUGGUUCACCAGAUCUUAUUAAUUAGGGGAACACAAAUGGACAUGUACAUGGAUAUUUGUUAUUCCAAUUCAAUAUUAGUAGCAGAAGGAUCGCAGCAAUUUGUUAUUAAACACAUCCGCUAGCAGGCUAAAAUUACGUCCCAAUGAUAAAGGCCACAUAUUAGUGCAAAAUAACACAUGUACUGCACUACUCCAUAAUGCAGUUAUUUUAGACACCUUUUCUAGAAAAAGAAGAGAAAUCUGUAAAUUAGUUGCAUUUCAUUAGUAUAGAUUAGAAUAGCUGGAAUACAAAUUUUAUUUGAGAAUCAUGAAAAGAAAUAUUGACUUACAAGUUAUUGAAAUCAGAAUGUAUGAACCGUAAAUCACACAGUUCUUAACGUGAUUUCACUGGAAGCUGAUGGUUAUCUGCCGCUGAACAUUGUCAUGUGUGUUUAUUUCUUUUGCAGAUUCUAUCAAUAUCAGAUUUAAGGCGUAACAAAGUCAACAUAUGUCAGUGUCUGGAAACAAUUGUUUUGGUCAUACUCAGUGCCACAGUAUUAGAUUGAUUUGUUGAGAAUUACUUUUGGUUGUGCAUUUGAUUUGAAAAGGAAUUAAGCUAUUUUUGUAAUUAAUUGUCUAAAAAUGAACAUGAAAUUUGGUCAACUAAGCAUGUGGACUGAAGUAAACUCUCCAGUUGUAUGUUAUUUUUGUCCAAUAAAUCAUAAUUAUGUAAAACAUAA